AUGGAGAGCUCGCUCGUGCUCCUCGCGCUGCUCCUGCUGCUCGUCCUCAUCUCGCUCGCGCUCGACGCGACCCAAUGCACGCUCCUCUCCAAGAGCGGUAUGGCGCUGCUCAUCGGCGUCCUCUGCGGCCUCGCGAUCUCGACGGACCCGGCCUUGUACGAGCGGCUCGACUUCCAGUACACCAUCUUCUUUGACGUGCUGCUGCCGCCCAUCAUUUACGAGGCGGGCUUCUCGGUGCAGCGCCUCGCCUUCUUCCAGAACGUCGGCGCGAUCCUUCUGACAGCGAUCGCCGGCACGCUCAUCUCGGCUGGCGUCACGGGCCUCGGGCUCUAUCUCGUCGGCCAAGCCGGCGCCGGGCCUCAGAUCGAGUGGGUCGAGGCCUGCCUCUUUGGCGCGCUCAUUUCCGCGGUCGACCCCGUCGCGACGCUCGCGUGCUUUAGCAAGCUGCACGUGCCAUCGCUCCUCUUCAACAUUGUCUUUGGCGAAAGCGUCUUGAACGACGCGGUCGCGAUCUCGCUCUACCAGUCGCUGCUCGCGUACGAGUCGUCCCGCUCGGUAUCGCUCGGCGUGCUUCUGGAAGUGCUUCUCAAGACGUUCACGAUCUUGCUCGGGUCCAUUGGCAUCUCGGUCGCGCUGCUCCUCGGUGGCGCAUACGGCUUUGCCCGCCUGCGCCAUCUCCGCAACUACCCGGUCUACGAGGUGCUGGUGUGUUUUCUACUGGCCUUUCUGACCUACUUUGCCGCCGACGCGUGCCAAUUGAGCGGGAUCGUCGCGCUCUUCUUCGCCGGCAUGCUCACGGCCCACUACAUGUACCCGGUCAUGUCGCCGCCAGGGCAAACCUUCUUUCACCAUGCGCUCGAAGCUGUGGCCUUUGUCGCAGAGAGCCUCGUGUACGUCUUUAUGGGCGUCUCGGCCAGUCUCUGCUUUGUCCAAGUCGCCGACGCGAAUCGCAUCCACUACACGGACUUUGACUGGCGCUUCGUGGCGUGGACCAGUGUCAUGCUCCUCUUAGGGCGCGCGCUCAACACGUUUCCGCUCCUGCGCUGGGUGAACGCCUACCGCGUCCCAGCAGUGCAAGUGACGCCGCCGAUGCUGUUCGUCAUUUGGUUUACAGGCCUCCGCGGCGCCGUCUCGUUCGCACUCGUGACAACGUGGUCGUACACGGAUGCGAAUGGCACGUCGCACCGCAAGCUCAUGAUGACCACGACGCUCUUUGUGGUCAUGUUUACGACGUGGCUCGUUGGCGGCAUGACGGGGCCGCUUCUCCGAGCGCUCGACCUCUCCCAGCGCAUGACACCACUUGCUAGCCCAGGUGACCGACUCGCAGUGAUGCCAGACGGCCACCACGAGACAGAGAAACCGGUGCGCCACCGGUCCGUGAGCCAAGAAAGCCUGCGUACCGACGAGGAGCGUCCGGCCUCGUGCUGGCACGUGUUUGAUCAAACGCAUCUGAUGCCUGUGUUCAGCGCGAUCCCGGCGCCGAUGCGCGUGUCGGUGCUUCGUCGGCAGGACGAGACGCGUAGCGCGGCAGCCGCGAUGGACGUGCAUCUUGAAGCGACCGAGCCGACGACCAUGCUCACGCGCGCCGACGGCUCAUGCAGUUAACUGCGAUCAUGUUU